CGAAGUCUCGUUCGUCCGAAGACUUUUUAUAAACUCACGCGCACAGUGACGACGCGUUCAGGGCAACGUUUGCGUCGGAAAUCAGAGUUUUUCUGCUUUUCUGCGCGUGUUUAUUCCCCGGCUGCAGUUUUUUCUGCAGGAAUACAGACGGAGAGAGACUCAGAGAGAGAGAGAGAGACAGAGAGAGAGAGACUCAGAGAGAGAGACUCAGAGAGAGGGGGAGACGGUGUGGCUGCUUGAAGAUUCUGCUCCAAAACUUUGGCGACAUCAUGGACGCGCACCGCAGCGCGCCCCCGGCCGGGCAGCAGAUCGUGCACGUGCGCGGGGACUCGCAGACGGAGCUCGAGGCUCUGUUCAACGCCGUGAUGAACCCGAGUAAAGUGAGCCGUCAGCCGGCCUCGCUGCCCAUGAGGAUGAGGAAGCUUCCGGACUCGUUCUUCAGACAGCCCGACCCGCGAGGACACUCCAGACAAGCCAGUUCAGACGGAGGCGUGUGUGGCUCCCUGACUCCUCAUCACGUGCGCGCUCACUCUUCGCCGGCCUCGCUGCCCGUGAACACUCUCUCCACUCAGGCAGCAGAUGUGGCGGCGACGCCUGUCGUCCCUGACGACGUGCCGCUCCCACACGGCUGGGAAAUGGCCAAGACGUCUACGGGCCAACGAUACUUCCUCAAUCACUUGGAUAAAACGACCACGUGGCACGACCCUCGUCUGUCGCAGCUUCAGUCGGCUGCAGCUCAGCAUCCCAUCGCUGGCACUCCGCUCCACGUCCACUCCCUCAGCAACCCAGCGCCCAACACGCAACCACAGAACAUCAGCCCAGAGCCAGUGCAGAACAUGAACCCUGCCAUGCUGGGGCUGGUGAUGCAGCAGAGGCAGGAGAAGGAACGACUGCGGUGUAAACAAGCUCACCCUCAACAAACCACACCACAGGAGAUGGGAGGAAGGAACCAGAUGACGAGCGUGAUGGACCACGACAGGAACUCACAGACUCUGGACGUCAGGAUCAGAAACUCCAACCAUGAACCGACACUGAACGGCGCUCACUCUCGUAACGAGAGCACUGACAGCGGCCUGAGCGUCAGCAGUUUACCUCGCACAUCAGACCACAUGUUGAGCUCUGUGGAUCACAUGGACACAGGCGACUCUGGCGACCCCGCGAUGACCUUACAGGAGUCAAUGCCCGUGCUGCCGAUGUCUGAGGGCGAGGAGCUCAUGCCCUCUAUCCCUGAGGGUCUGAGCUCAGAUCUUCUGAUGGACAUGGAGACCGUUCUCUCUGGAUCGCACAUGGACAGGGACAGCCUGCUCACCUGGCUAUAGACACGCCCACUUUCCCCGCCUUUGCUGUCAGAUAGUGGCGAUAUGACUGAGAACUUGAGAAGUGGAACCGAACAAACAAGACUGUCGAGUGAUGGAUUCCUAACCCUGCUCCCUCUGUGGAUUAUAAAGACCGCACUGGAACCCAGACUGUGGUAGAGACCGGGCUCUCCUGGUUUUGAGGCCUGGUUUACAGAGGCUUCUGCCUCAGAUGAUAUUUCACACGUGUCUGGUAACGUUUGUAUGAGUACACCACACACACACACACACACACACACACACACACACACAGAGAGCAAACGUUUAGAAAGAAUCUGCAUGAAACAUUUACAGAUGCUCAAAUAACACGAGAGGCACAAAAGAUAUUUAUUGAAGUGUUGCAGAUAUAUAUACACAUAUAUAAAUAUAUAUAGAACCAUCAUAUCCACAUUUAUCUCUGUUGUGUUCAAGGUCAAAGGUCAGAGCAAGAAGAGACAAAACCACAAAACAUUUGUGACUCAGAAGACAAUAGAGGACAGAAGACAGACGACAGCGUGUGGUAGUAAAAUAUCAAGAAAACUGAAAGAUAAGUGUUAAAUGAAUUUAUUGAAGUCUGUGGAGCUGCAACAUCUGCUGAGGUUUUUCAAAAUAAAGUUAAAGACUUAAUUGUGUCAGAAACACACUAAUAUUAACAUUUAUCAUUUUAAUGUGCAGUAAAUUAUCAUCAUGUGGUCAGCUGUAACCCUGACUCAGUUUAGAUCAUGGAUGUUGUUUCAAACAGACGUUACAGUUACAGGACAUAAAGUUACAGUUACAGCAGGACACAUAGUUACAGUUACAGGACAUAAAGUUACAGUUACAGCAGGACAUAAAGUUACAGUUACAGGACAUAAAGUUACAGUUACAGCAGGACACAUAGUUACAGUUACAGGACAUACAGUUACAGUUACAGGACAUAAAGUUACAGUUACAGGACAUACAUUUAUAGUUACAGCAGGACACAUAGUUACAGUUACAGCAGGACAUAAAGUUACAGUUACAGCAGGACAUAAAGUUACAGUUACAGGACAUUGCUGUAACUGUAACUUUAUGUCUUUAUAUUAUAUUGUGUAGUUGUAACAGUUUGCUUUCAGCAAGGUUCAAGUAUGAACGUGAAAUUUGACCCCAUCACAUUUAGGCUGUUUUAAUUCCCCUGUCAUGUUUUUCCUUUGUUAUAUUUAAAAGUUCUAGCUGACAAUCAAAGAGACAAAGAUGGCUUUAAAUCACACUUAAAUCAUCCAUUGUUUUCCACAGUUUUCUAAAUAACCAAUGUCAUGUGAUCAAUAACUGUCAAUAUAACCUUUCAUUAACAGUUUGUGGUGUUGCAGUUUAAGUGCAGAAAGUUUUGAAGAGUCUUUAUUGCAUUAGCAAAACAAUAACAAUGCAACACUGACAAAAAAAUGCACUUUUUCUCUCUCGUGAUGAAAUGUUUGUCCCAGUAAAUCAAGUGUUUUUUCAACUCCAAUAAGUAAUUUAAUCACUUAUAUAAUCUAUGAAUGUAAGUGAACACAGAGCCACACUCUGGUCAAAAAAUAACAAAGAUGAUAAUUGUGAGCUUUAAAACGAGAAAAGCACACACACACACACACACACACACUAACUGCAGAGGCUGUAAUGAGAAUACAUGAGCUUAUAAACUGUACACGUUAUAAUAAGUAUUUCAUCUGUGUUAGCUGCUGACUUUAUGUUCUUGCAGUGUGUUUACGUUUUAUUUGAACAUAUGUGUAUAUGUACAUACACACACAUAUAUAUAUAUAUAUAUACAUAUAUAUGUGUGUGUAUGUAAUUCACCGCAUCUCCAAAUCAUGAGCCGAGUGGGCUUAUUAUGAAAAGUAUUAUUAUUAUUAUUAUUAUUAUUAGCGCAGGCUCUUACAUGUGAUGCCACACACUACCUAGCCAAUUAUUUAUCUUAGCGUGCAUGACACUCACGAUGUAUGUUCCAUAUAAUGUUGUUUAUUGUUCUAUUUACAGAGAGUUUUGCUAUCAGAAUUGUUUUGUACCUUUUUAUGCAUGUGCUUUAUAUGAACACUAAUUGUAAUCAUUUUAAAGUUUUCUGUUUAAUAAAUUUUUAUAUACA